AUGAAAAUCGUGGCCAUUCACAAGGGUGACAUUGCACCGGUUAGUAACGCCAAUGGGGACCCCACGAGGGAUUACCACGAGAGCCUUCCACAGGGUUACAAUGCGAACGAUAUUCAUGGCCGGAUCAGCCGUUGUGCAAAAUUAGACGCGGUUUGCCCCACAUUGGGGAGAAGCUGGCUCCAUGCCGGUGGUGCAAAUCGCCCACAGAACACCACGGGGUGGGUGCACACUGGUGAGGGCGACGUCGAAAGGGAGACAAGGCAAACGCGAAGGAACAGUCCCUGGUGGGGAAGGGGAACAAACGGGGCACCUUCAACAGAGUGCCCACAUAAUGAAGAGGAAGAAAUCGCCCAAGCGUUACCCGCUUGCCACUUUAACUUCUCAGUGAGCAAAAAUGUCAUCACUAAUGGUGGGAACUUCCGAUUGGUAAAACUCCCCAAUGGAGACCAUCCCAAGAGUGGCGGUAAGUGUAUAUCGAAUGGAGAGGGAAAGGUCCCCCACGUGUAUGAAGGAGGAGAGACUGUCGGCGGAACAGAUGGUCUUCCCCCUCCAGACAGCACCAUCAGUAGUAGAAGCAGCGUUCGAACUAGGGGCACUUCCCACCAUCGUGAAAACGCUCAGAAAGGGGAUAACCAUCUGGAGAGAAAAACGAAUGUGCAUAGCUGCUCCUCAACGUCAACCGAGACGAAGGGAAGAAGAGUACAGCGGGGAAGUGAACAUGGGAAGAGGCUCACGCAAGUGGGGCAUCUCACCCUGGGCGAUGCGAUAACCGCGGCAAGUGCGCCACAUGGUAGGGGUAAAAUUAACGUGAAAAGGGAGCAGCUCUCAGGAAGUAGCCAAGAGGGAGCACUGGUGGUGGGAUCGGCUGGAUGCCAACCGGGGGGCGAACUCAUCUGGAAGGGGAACGAACAGGUGGAAGAGGGUAAAAAGGGCAAAAUGGUAGGCUACGCAAAAAAGGGAUCCUUGGGGAACUCCCACGCGAGACACACAAACGAAGAAGAAUCCCCCCCCGUGAGAAGCCUCCUAGUGUUCGACGAAAUCACCAACACGUGGAACAUCCUGUGGAAGUGCGGAAGGGUAUCGAUUAUAAAAAGCUACAGCAUAGAUGUAGGCGGUUCUGCAUCUAGACAUGUAGCUCUGAACGAUCUGCAAAGUAUUAACAACCUGUAUGGCGAGGUGACCACUGGUGAGGGUUGUGUCACGUGUGAGGUGAAGUGGGAUCUCAUGAAGCGAAAAAUCUGCAAAAUGUUCGGAGAGAAAUACUUUUUUAUAGUCAAGGAGGGGGACGAGAUGGAUGGAAGAAUAGGUGGGAGAAACGCGGAAGAGAUGCAGCGCGAUGAAUCAGGCAUGGGGGGUGAAUCCAUCGGGGAAGUUGUCGCGAAAAUGGGAAAGAAGCUGAGGGAGGCACAGAAAGAUGGGAACCGGGUCAAGUGCGAACAGAUUUGCACCAUAGCCCAUGAUAGGGAAGGUAUAAGAGGGAACGGUUUGAACAUCGAGCGGGGGAAUGUUAUUCCAUUUGGGAAAUUGAAUGAGAGUCCACCUGUCAAGCGCGAAAGGGAAAGGAGGUUCAUGAAGGGCGAACAAACGGGGAGAGAAAUCGCCGUAGAGACAGGCCAUACAGGGGAGACCCCAACGGAAGCGCCCACACCGAAUGAGGAGGAACGGAGAGAACUGCUCCGAAGGAGACACGAAAAUAAAUUGAAGGAAGAACUGGAGCGGAAGGAAAGGAAGCUAUGCAGAGAGGAAGAAAAGGAAAAAAAAAACCGAAUGAGGGAGGAGAAAAAAAGAAUGCGAGAGGAAAAAAAAAAAAUGAAAGAGCAGGAAAGGAUAAAAAGGAAGGAGGAGAGAGUUAACUUGAGGAAGAUGAGGAAGCUAGAGAAGUGGGAAAGCCUCGAACGGCUGAGGAGGUGGAAACGGAUGGCCAAGUUGGAGAGGAUGGAGAGGCUGGGCAGGUUGGGAAGGAGGGAGCGCUUGGAGAGGGAGCAGCGGCUAGAGCGGCGGGAAAGGCAGGAGCGGCAGAAACGGCAGGAACGGUUAGACAAGACGGAAAGACUGGGCCUCAUGGAGAAGCUGACGAGCGGGAAGCCGAUCUUUAGCGAGGGGAAAACCACCAAGGGGAUCCCCCUCGCAGGAAAGCUCAAUUGCGCCCCUGGAAAGGACGAAGGGAGUUGCCCUGACCGUUUCACCCAACGGGGGGAGACCCAGUGCACCCCCGACUCCAUCGCCAGUGUGUUGAACACGUCACAUCAAGAGGAUGAAAAGAAAAGACUCUUUCUGGAGAAGAAGCAAAAACUGUUGAAGGUGAUGCAGAAGAAGGUGCACAUUCAGGGGAGAGUGUAUCUGGACGUGGGCUACGAUGAUGAGUCGAGUGAGGAUGGGGAUAGCGAAGGGGGGGAUGCAUGCCACGAAUUUGGGGAUCGCGCAGCGCAGAGGAAUGCGGGCAGCUGGGUAGUCUCGUGGGUCCUCUACGGAAGGACGUGCAGGAAGAAGUUCCCCAUCGAAGAUUACGGCUUUGAGAAGGCCAGGCAGAUGGCGGAGGAGUACAAACGGGAGCGGGUGAGUUUCAUCUUGAGUAGCAUCUGUGAAUAUGACACCUACGUUAGGGAGGUUCUGAGCGUUGGUCCGGCGGAGGGCGGCACGUCGUGCGGGGGGAGCGCUGGGAGUGCAGGGAGUACGGGGAGUGCAGGGAGUGCAGGGAGUACGGGGAGUGCAGGGAGUACGGGGAGUGCAGGGAGUACGGGGAGUGCAGGGAGCUCCGGCGAGUCGGUAUCCGAGUGGGAAGCAAGAAGAGGUGGACCGGCUGAUAGCAGCCAAUUGGGAGACCGCUUCCAACCGGGUGAUCGCACCCAACGGGGGGGUCCCUCGCACGUCAGCCCCCCCCACCUGGUGGCAGCCCAAGAACAGCUGCAGCACCGCGACCUGAUCGAGUUCUGCUGCGAACUGCUGAAAAACCCGGUGAGCGAAGAGCACUGGAAGAACAAAGUCAAGUGGGUCCAAAAUAAAAAAAGCUGGAAUAUUGAAAUCGUAAAGAAGGAGCAAAACAAAUUUAUAAGAGAACAAAUAUACUACUCGGAAGAACAAUACGGCUACAUAAUUGGCAAGUGCAUAGCCGUAUAUGAUUGCCUCAACGCAGAACACAAUCUUUUAAAAAAUUAUUUUGAUGUAAAUGUGAAGAACUUACAGUAUGACAAUAAAAGACACGCGUGGAAAAUUUCUAGGUAUGUUCCUAAUCAGCUGAAUAAGAAAAAUUAUUAUUUUGAUGUGGGUGUGUAUGGGUGGAUGUACUCUAGGAAGCUGGGUCUCUUGUUGGCCAUUUAUUUGAAUAAGAGGAGGCCUCUGGGCAGUGAUGAGGAGGUGCUGGACAGGAGCUGCCCCUUGGUGAGGCAUCUUCAGGUAGAUUCCAGGGAGGGGGGGAGAUGCCCUUUUCGAGAGCAUUACAUGGGGGAGGGUCACGCUAGAGAAGUGGCACCUACAUUUCGUGACGGUGUGAAAGGGGCAGACGAUCCCUCUUCCAGUAGGAGGCAGCUUGGCCCCUGCAAAGAACCCCCCCUAAGGUGUUUUCCUUCGAAUGGGAUAGCGGAGCGCACAACGAAGCGGUGCGUGCGGGGGGAUGAAGUGGGUUCCUCCUCUUCUACACGUGAGGGGGGGGGUUCACCAGUUAGCGGCAUAGCGAAAAAACCCGGGGAGGAAUUAAAAAGGGGCUACUCGAACGCGCCGUACGGGUCGCCGGACCGAGCUUCGGAAGAUGGCCACCCUGCGGAGAUGGACCGGGGCGACAGGAGCGAUGACGGCGAUGGGAGAGAUUAUCGCGAUGGGAGAGAUGACCGCAAUAGUGGCGAUCAUGCGGAUAGCCGGAACGAACGCGCCCAGCGGGGGCGGAAGCGAAGGAAGAAGGCCGAGGGCGAAGAGGGGGGAGCCCCGAACAGCGCAACCGACGAUGAGGAUGCGACCAACAAAAGGAGACAAUCCCAAAGUGAAGAAAAAAAAAUAAAAAAUAAAAACACCACGGAGGAUGGGACCGACUUGAAGAAAUUCUACGAGACAGUCCACCACAGAAAGUAUUGCCAGCUAAAGCAAAUGCACACAUGCAGUGAAAAGGAGUUAUUAAGUUUCCUCUCGAACGAAAACGAUAGAGCCCUGUUCCUGAUGGAGGAUAUAAACAUCCAAGGACAGGACGAGUACUAUUUGGUGAGCAUUUUGGAAAAUUAUUACUACUACAAUUUGUGCCGCAAAAUGCUUAAGGUGAGGAAGAGGCUUUCCAUGUGA